GGCACGUAAGUAGUCAAAUACAUUGCCAUUAUCUCUGCAGAGCUUGUGAGAACAGGACGUGUUAUGUGUGGACCGUAGGAGUAGACACCACUAUUUGUCUGCCAAAACCAUCACAAGAACUUAAAAUGAAGGGAGAAGUAUGGCUAGCUGUAUGGUCGAUGCUAUUCUUUAUUGUGGAUGCUGAAAUAAAAUGCGAAUUCGAACCAGAUGGACAGAUGUUUCACAUGUGUAAUGCAACAGAUGACAGCGAUAAUAUUUUACAAAGGGGACUAGUAUCUGACAAAAGAAAAACGUUUCAUAUAAUUCUCAACCAAUGCAAUAUCGUAAGCAUAGAGCUUGAAGCAUUUUACAGACUGCCAGCAUUAGCUAUAUUAGAUUUAGCAGAAAAUAAAAUUGAAAGUCUGCCUUUAGGAGUAUUUGAUAGACUGCCAUCAUUAUCUCGUUUAAAUUUAUCUUACAAUCUUCUGACAGAAUUACCUCUAGGUAUAUUCAAUCAUAAUAGAGAUUUAUCAGUACUAGAUUUAGAAGGAAAUAGCUUACAUAACCUUAAACCAGGUUUAAUUGAUCCUUUAUGGAGAUUGUAUCAAUUAGAUUUGAGUCACAAUUUUUUCAAGGGAAACGAAAUAGUACCAGCGUUAUUUGAUAAAAAACGUGAUAUUUCAAUAUUAACUUUAUCCGGGAACGAUAUGACUGAGGCUAAUUUCUUAUCAAUCAUGAACAAUUUAAAUUAUCUAUAUAUGGAUGGUUGUAAAUUAAAAGUAGUACCUAAACUUGCAACGGAUUUAAAUAUGAAAAAUUUAAGGCACUUAAGUCUAGCUUCUAAUGAAAUAACAUCUGUUGACGAUGCUAAAACUUUUAGCAAAUUAAAAGAUGUAAUGAAAUUAAAUUUAUCAAGAAACCAAAUAGUGUUUAUUCAUAAAGAUGUCUUCAAAAAUCUAAGAUAUCUAGAAGAGAUCGAUUUAAGAUACAAUAAAUUGACUACACUGCCUAUAGACAUGUUCCAAAAUAUACCCAAGUUAUACGAAUUGCGGUUAUCAUAUAAUUUAUUGACUGACAUCCCACUCAAUGCGUUUGCUGGCACUGAAUUGAAAAGACUUAGUUUUGAUAACAAUAAUAUAACUCAUUUGCAUAAAAAUUUCCUUUUAAAAAUAGAAGAUGCUGGAUUAAUGCUUAGGAUAAUGCAUUUCGGGAAUAAUCCAUGGCAAUGCGCUUGUCUCAGAGAACUGCUACGCGAGGCGAAGGAAAUGGAAGUACUCUACGAUACUGAUAAAUAUGACGGUGGACAUCCAGUUUGUGUGUCAGGUAAAGAUUUCUAUUGCAGAAGAGACGAAGCUGCACAUGAUGAAUUUAUACGAAUGUACAAUGAAAAUAUACGAUGAUGUAAAUUACAA